AUGUCUCCAAUCCGUGUCGGUCUCAUCGGUCUUUCCACCGGCUCCAAGAGCACUAGCUGGGCUAGCACAGCUCAUCUGCCAUACCUGCUCUCCGAACAGGGCAAAGCUCACUACGAGAUCAAGGCUCUGUGCAACUCAUCAGUCGAGAGUGCAAAGAAGUCUAUCGAGCACUACAAGCUUCCCGGAGAUGUCAAGGCCUACGACUCUUCAGCAGAUUUGGCCAACGACAAGGACAUUGAUCUUGUUGUCUGCAUUGUUGGCGUCGAGGGACACUACAAGCUGUUGAAGCCUGUCGUUGAGGCUGGCAAGAAUGUCUACACAGAAUUGCCCUUGGCAUCCAACAUGGACCAGAUCAGAGAGCUGGUUACUCUGGCUAACAAGAAGGGCGUCAAGACCAUGUUUGGAUCCCAAGGCCAAUCUGCUCCUGUUGUCAAGGUUCUGCAGAAGAUCAUUGCCGAUGGCAAGAUUGGCAAGGUCUUGAGCACUCAGCUUAGUGGUUGCACUGGCAUUGGCGGUGGUGCAGCGAUUCCUGAGGGCUUCAAAUACAUCAUUCAGAGAAAGGCUGGUGGUAAUCACGCCACUAUUUUCUUCCUCCACAUCCUCGGCGAAGUAGAGUCCUUCGACGUCAUCAUGGGUAUUGAGCGUCCCAAGGUCAACCUCAUCGAUCUUUCCAACCAAGGCAAAGUCGUCGGCACAAUCGACAAAGAUACACCAGACAACAUCGCCAUGCAAGGUCGCUUCCAAUCCGGCCCUAUCUUCAACUACGACCUUCGCUCCGCUGCUGCCUUCCCUGGUGAGCCUGCCUUGAGAUGGACCAUCGUCGGCGAAAAGGGUGACAUCCUCGUUACCAACCCAGCUGCCAUGUUCGACAUCACCCACGAGGGCGUCAAGAUCCAGCUCCACGAGUCUGGCAAGGACAAGGCAGAGCCCAUCGAGUUGCCUGCUGACGACUUGGCCAACCUCAAGCACCCUGCACAGAAUGUCGGCAGGUUGUACGAGGCCUACGCCAAGGGCGAUACAAAGGGCUACUGCGACUGGAAUUUGGCACUCAAGCGUCACGAGUUGAUCGAGGAGAUGUUCCAGAGAGGUGAUGGAAGCAAGCCUUUUGGUGAGAAGGCUGAGUACCUCUCGAAGUCCGGCUCGUCGAGCGGUACAUCGUCUGGAUCCAUUGAAGGCAGCACUGCCGAGGUUGAUGCCGAUGCCCAAGGUACUAUUCUUGCUGAUAGAGAGGUCAAGCCAAAGGAGAUUACCCGUGAGGCUGGAAGCGGAGGUGCUCAGACCACAGCUCAGACCCUUGAAGCAGAGGGCUUUGGCGCUUCUUCUGGCCCCAACGACCUGAGCAGAAACGGUGGUAACCGUGAUCUUGCCUCGUAA